CCCGCCUUUCCUGGAGGUGUGACGUACUUUUCCCCGCCCUUCAACUUUCUUUUUUCAGCGGCAGUCUGCGAGAGACACCAUGAAGGCGUCUGGCACACUAAAGGAGUACAAAGUAAUCGGGCGUCUGUUGCCCUCUGCUAAGAACCCUGCCCCUCCCCUCUAUCGUAUGAGGAUCUUCGCCCCCAACCAUGUGGUCGCCAAGUCUCGCUUCUGGUACUUCGUCUCCCAGCUGAGGAAGAUGAAGAAGGCUUCUGGAGAGAUAGUAUACUGUGGACUGGUGCAUGAGAAGACCCCACUGAAAGUGAAGAACUUUGGCAUCUGGCUGCGGUACGACUCCCGCAGCGGCACCCACAACAUGUACCGGGAGUACCGCGACAUGACCACCUCUGCAGCGGUCACGCAGUGCUACCGGGAUAUGGGAGCCCGCCACCGUGCUCGUGCACACUCCAUCCAGGUCAUGAAGGUGCAGGAGAUCGCCGCCAACAAGUGUCGCCGACCUGCCAUCAAGCAGUUCCACGACUCCAAGAUCAAGUUCCCGCUGCCCCACAGGGUGCUGCGGCGUCAACACAAGCCUCGUUUCACCACCAAGAGACCAAACACCUUCUUCUAAGUCGAACAUCCAGACUUUCCUGUGUGUAUUUGAGAAUUAAAAGAAGAAAAGUUUUAUCCCUAUGUUUUCCUGUUUUUUUUUUUUUUCCUUUCUUCUGGACAGCGUGUUCUCCCAGUUUUAUGACUGGCAGUCUUGCUGAUGGCGUCCAGUAUUGUUAAAUCCUCUGUGUUCUAACAAACUGAAUGUACGUCACAGUACUUCAUUGUGCCCCCAUUGAUAUGCCGUGAAUAGCGCUGUUAUCAAAGGCAGUCGUCAGAUUUUGUGCCAGGAUAUUAAUUAUGCGUUUGACGUGGUGCUUUGUAGGUACAUUUUGACUGAUUCUGCUGUGGAGUUUAAAUCGUGCCUCUGUGCUCUUCAGAGCUACAAGCCCAAGAAGUCAAGAUGUUGCUGAUGUCUGCUGUUGCUGCUUUGAACGUGGUCACGGUUUGGAUUGACUAAUCAGGCGUUAGAUUCAGUUAUGGGUACCAGUCUUGCAACAGUGCUGUUUUUAACCCAGUAGGGACAAAUGCAAUAAAACGUCUGACAUA